ACGGAACAGGGGACAGGUUGUGGAACACGCAGAACACUGCAGCCUAUAAGUUAGCGGCUAACUGUGUAGCUAACUAGCACUGGAGUACUUUAUAAGCAGACAGUGUUAGGGCCAGGUUUUAAACACAACAACACGGUCAGUACCGGGAUUGUGUGUGACGUGAAGAACACAGUAGUGUAUGUGCCCUGGGAGUGCAACAUUUCUCUUCAAUGGCUGCUCCUGGCUCCACCAGCAACGUGCCUGAAGGAUUCCACUAUGAGACCAAAUACGUCCUCCUGUGCUACCUUGGCCUGCCCCUGCGACCACAGUCCAGGCCUGAGGGAGGAGCAUCUGGACAGGCUGCACAAGAAACAGCUGUGGACAAGACCAGCAUGAUGAAGGAGCAGAUUGCAGAACAGCUAAAGCAGCUAGAAGAAGAAAUCACUGCUUCUUUUCCAAGUACAGGCUUUGAUCGGCACACAUCCCCAGUGUUCAGUCCAGCUAAUCCCGAGAACACUAUAGAGGACAGCCUGGCCAUGCUGGGGGACCAUGUCGCACAAAUGCUGGACACACAUCUGACCUCAGCCACACAGACACUUCUCAGUGGGCAGCUGGACUAUGAAGGUUUCCAGAGUGCAGUGAAGGAGAUUUCCUCCCAUUCGGAAGGAGGCUGGAGCAAGGUUUUGGUACCCUUAGUGUUAUUGCAAGCGCUGCAUUGUAAGGGUCAACCACUGGCCUGUCUACUUUCCCUGGGUGAGCGUUACUUACUUGAGGUAGAGGCAGACUUCAUCAUCCAGCAGGGUGGAUGGAGUGCAGUAUUUAGCCUGGAAGAUGUGGAGGAACUGGGCGUGCUCAUAGCCGAAGACAGUAACGAUAUCUACAUCCUGUCAGGGGAGCAGGGCCACGAGCAGCUAAGCCCCCCUGAGUCACUGCUCAUCAGCGUGCCAGACAGCAGCGGCCUGAGCUCCUGGCACACAGAGAGUUUGCCUGUAUCACUGAGUGGCCACGAAUCCUGGCCUCAGGUUGGCACCAUGGAGCCAGAGGAUGCAAAGAGUGUGGACAGUGGUGAGGGCGUGGCCUCAGCUGAGGAGCGAAGUGAGAACAACUCGUCCAACUCGGACAUUGUGCAUGUGGAGCGCGAGGAGGCUGAACUUCUGGAGGAGGGAGAAGGAGAGCUGCAGGAGAGCAUGCUCAGUGUCCUGGGCACUGAAAGUGAGCUGGAGGCCCUCAGAGAGGAGCUUGGAAAAGAACCUUCAUCUUCACAACAGCCAGUUUCAGAAGCACCACAGUCGCUGAUGUCUCUAGAGGAGCAGAUUGUCAUCCUGGAUGUACCUCCUAGCCUGGUUGCUGCUGCUGUUCCACCAGUUGAUGUAGAGCCAAAGUCCCUGCCGCCUUCAUCCCCUACUGCCGUCACUGAUGCUCCGGUUGAAGUCGAGCCAGAAUACCUUGCUCCUUCAUCCCCUACCAUCAUUGCUGAUGCUCCAGUUGAUGUGGAGCUGGAAUGUCCUGUUCAUCCUUCCCCUCCUACUGCUGCUACAACCCAAGUGCUUGCCCCUGAAUCUGAGCCUCAGUCAGCUCAGCCAGAACCUGUUCAAGCUGAGCCUCAGUCAGCGCAGCCAGAACCUGUUCUAGCUCCUGUGGAGCCACAGAUUCUAAUAACAGUUCAAGAACUAAAAGCUAAAUCGGAGCCACAGCCUGAAGCUGUCCAAGCAGCUCCAGUGCAUGAGAUACUUCCACAAGCAGAGGUUGUACAGGCCAUUACAGCCCAGGAGCCACCUCUUUUACCCCCAACGCGGGAGAUCCCAUCACUGAAGCCACAGAUGGUACAGGAGAUGUCUGCUCCAUCCCAGGAUCCUCUUGUUUUACCUUCUAUUGCAUCUCCAGAACAGGAGCUACAGCCUGUACACACAUCUAUUCCAGCUCAGGAGCCACCUUCAGCACACACACAGCCUGUAGCAGAGCCUGUGUCCUCUGAGCUUCCAGUUCUUCUCUAUGGUGGUGCUGUACUGGUAGCCAUUGCUGCUUUGGUGGCCUAUGGAGCUCUGGCUUACAGGAAGAAGUAUUAGGAAGUGAUCAGCUUGCCCCUCUCCUAUUUGAUUAAUUUGAAUAAUUAGGCCUAGUUAAAGAAAGCACCGAUUGUUUAGGCUUUUAACUUCGAAAUUGCGUAUAGCAGAAUGAGAUUUUGAACAGUUUGUUGUGACGUGUCAAAUGGCUUAUAUUUGUGUGAUGGAUAAUGUUUAGACAUUCCUGGAUCCUGACCUUGGAUAUGAGGUUAUAUGUAAGGGUAAAGAGGAGGUUGCAUGUUCUCCCCAUGUGGGUUUCCUCCCACAGUCCAAAGACAUGCAGUUAAGCUAACUGGCUACUCUAAAAUGCCCGUAGGUGUGAAUGGUGUUCUCAAGCCUGGAAAUGGGAGGGGUCUGGCAGGAAUUAAGGGCAUCCGGCGCAAAACUAUGCUCCAAUUAUUGACGCGUGGAUCAGUAGAGUCCACAUGGACCCCGACCUUGCAACAGUGCUGGAUAAGGAGAAACCAAUGCUGGGUAAGAUUGGGCAACCCAGAUCCACACCUGUAAUGAGGGCACUGAUCACGUGUUUAUAAGAAUGAAAGACGAUCUAUAUUGUGUAUAAUAUUUUGAUUAAAUUUGUACGACUUAUCUAAAUUGUGUGAAUUAAUGAGUUGAACAUAGCUAAAAUACAACAUUUUUAGUCAAUUUAGAAACUGACUGCUUUUGUUCAGCCAUUGAAUUCCCCUUGUAAACAAAAGGAACGGCAUGUCCAGGCCACGACCUAAGACGGGGAACCCCGUAUUCAUUUUCCCCAGAGUAUUUCAGGUGUUUUUUUUUAAAGUUACCAUUACUGAACGUUGAUCAAUACUGCACAUUUGUCACAAAACGAAUAAAAGUUUGGUUUUUAAUUCUG